AUGGCAUACCACCCCAUUUUAAUUACUGACAGAGGAACCACCUGCAACUCCAGCAAGAACCGAGGCACAGGAACCACCUGCAAAUCCAGCAAUAACCGAGCCACAGGCACCGACUGCAGCUCCAGCAAGAACCGAGCCACAGGCACCACCUGCAACUCCAGCAAGAACCGAGCCACAGGAACCACCUGCAACUCCAGCAAGAACCGAGCCACAGCAAGAACCGAGCCACAGGAACCACCUGCAACUCCAGCAAGAACCGAGCCACAGGCACCGACUGCAGCUCCAGCAAGAACCGAGCCACAGGCACCGACUGCAGCUCCAAACCGAGCCACAGGAACCACCUGCAACUCCAGCAAGAACCGAGCCACAGGCACCGACCGCAACUCCAGCAAGAACCGAGCCACAGGCACCGACUGCAACUCCAGCAAGAACCGAGCCACAGGCACCGACUGCAGCUCCAGCAAGAACCGAGCCACAGGAACCACCUGCAACUCCAGCAAGAACCGAGCCACAGGCACCGACUGCAGCUCCAGCAAGAACCGAGCCACAGGCACCGACUGCAACUCCAGCAAGAACCGAGCCACAGGCACCGACUGCAGCUCCAGCAAGAACCGAGCCACAGCUCCAGCAAGAACCGAGCCACAGGCACCGACCUGCAGCUCCAGCAAGAACCAGGCAGCUGCAGCUCCAGCAAGAACCGAGCCACAGGAACCACCUGCAACUCCAGCAAGAACCGAGCCACAGGAACCACCUGCAGCUCCAAACCGAGCCACAGGCACAGACCGCAACUCCAGCAAGAACCGAGCCACAGGCACCGACUGCAACUCCAGCAAGAACCGAACCACAGGCACCGACUGCAGCUCCAGCAAGAACCGAGCCACAGGAACCACCUGCAACUCCAGCAAGAAUCGAGCCACAGGCACCAACCGCCACUCCAGCAAGAACCGAGCCACAGGAACCACCUGCAACUCCAGCAAGAACCGAGCCACAAGCACCGACUGCAGCUCCAGCAAGAACCGAGCCACAGGAACCACCUCCAACUCCAGCAAGAAUCGAGCCACAGGAACCACCUGCAGCUCCAUCAAGAACCGAGCCACAGGAACCACCUGCAACUCCAGCAAGAACAGAGCCACAGGCACAGACCGCAACUCCAGCAAGAACCGAGCCACAGGCACAGACCGCAACUCCAGCAAGAACCGAGCCACAGGCACCGACCGCAGCUCCAGCAAGAACCGAGCCACAGGCACCGACUGCAGCUCCAGCAAGAACCGAGCCACAGGAACCACCUGCAACUCCAGCAAGAACCAAGCCACAGGCACCGACUGCAGCUCCAGCAAGAACCGAGCCACAGGCACCGACCGCAACUCCAGCAAGAACCGAGCCACAGGAACCACCUGCAGCUCCAGCGAGAACCGAGCCACUGGCACCGACCGCAACUCCAGCAAGAACCGAGUGUCAGGCAGCGACCGCAGCUCCAGCAAGCCGAUCCAAGACACUGCAGCAGCAAAGCAGGCAAGGUGCAGGGCCAAUCCAGUGAUGAGGCCCAAGACCAGAACAGGCAGCAACAACAAGAACAACCAGGGCGAAAGGGCAGACGACAGCACGCAAUAG